AUGGCCCUUCUUCAGGCCAAUAAGUAUCUCAUUUCCACAGGAAUGAAGGAAUUUAAUGUUCUGCUGAAUCAGCAGGUCUUCCCUAAUCCUUCUGUCCCAGAAGCAGCCAGGAUGACUACGGUGGAUGACUGGGUGAACUUCUACAUCAAUUGUUACAGGAAGCAGGUGACGGGAGAGCAGCAAGAGGAGGAGAGAGCUCUACAGGAACUUGGGCAAGAGCUAGAUACUCUGUCUGCCCUUUUCCUGGCCAAAUAUAUGGCCUUCCUGAAGUUCUUGUGA